UCCGGCCUGGAGGAGGAUGUGGCUGGCGUGCGGGGCGCUCCGGGCCUGGGCUCGGUCUCCGGGGGCCCGGGCCUGCGGCGGGAGCGGGGGCGUCCCCUACACGCAGGGCCAGAGCCCCGAGCCCCGGACGCGCGAGUACUUUUACUACGUGGAUCAUCAGGGCCAGCUUUUCCUGGAUGACUCCAAGAUGAAGAACUUUACCACCUGCUUCAAAGACCCGCAGUUCCUGGUCACCUUCUUCUCCCGCCUGAGACCCAACCGCAGCGGGCGCUACGAAGCCUCCUUCCCCUUCCUCUCGCUCUGCGGCAGGGAGCGCAACUUCCUGCGCUGCGAGGACCGGCCCGUGGUCUACACGCACCUGCUGGCCGCGGGCCCCGCGCCCCCGCGCCUCUCCUACUGCGGCGGCGGCGAGGCCCUGACGGUGCCCUUCGAGCCCGCGCGCCUGCUGCCCCUGGCCGCCAACGGGCGCCUCUACCACCCGGCGCCGGAGCGCGCGGGCGGCGUGGGCCUGGUGCGCUCGGCCCUGGCCUUCGAGCUCAGCGCCUGCUUCGAGUACGCGCCCGGCGCGCCCGCGCUGCCCUCGCACGUGCGCUGGCAGGGCCGCCGCCUCGCCCUCACCAUGGACUUGGCCCCGCUGCUGGCCGCCGCCCCGCCGCCCUGAGCUCCCUCCGCCCUCCCGGCGUCCCCGGCCCGCGUCGCUGCGCACGCGCCACCCGGAGAGCGCGCCGGCCGAGUGCGCGUGCGCGGCGGAGGUGCGCCGUGGCCCCGCCCCGCCCGGCGCUGUCCGUGGUGCUGCCGCGGCCCGGGCCCCGACGGCCGGGAGGGUCGGGGUCGCGGGCCCUUCCUCUCCCUCCCCACACCCUGGGCUUGGGGCGUCCUCCGGUUCGGCCCGCGCUCGCGACGGCAAGCCUGGGCGUCCGGGCGGGAGGCGCGGAGGCCCCAGUGCGCUUGCGCGAUCGGCGCCCGCCCCCCUCCCUUGCCCGGCGCUGCUCGGUGGCCAGGGCGCCGGGCUCCGCGGGGGAGCCGCGCCGCGGGAGCGUCAGGUGAGGGGGCGCCCGACCCAAGGUCAGCGGGCGUGGGGGCGGGAUGGCGCCGUCCCGGCUCUGCCACCGGCGCGCACCGAGAAGGGCGUGCGGCCUGGCGGGGACCACGCCCUGCCCUGAACCGGCCGGGGACAAAUCCGCGCUGGAGGGGGUGCAGGGGACGCCGUGGGGGGUCGAGGCACCCCACUAGGGCCUCCCACUGCACUCGAGGGGCUCUCAGGGCUUCCUCCCUCUCCCCUCCAUCCCUUGCACAGAUGGGCGCCCUGGAGACAGUGACAGCCAUCACCGAAUCCUGUGUGCGCCGCCCCGCCCCCUGCCAGCCGGAUUAGGGGGUUGUCCGCUGGGUAAAAGGAUUUCUGGGCUGGCCUCCCCUGCUCUUCCCACCUGGGCCCUCAUCCCUGCCCAGGCCGGCCCUUCUACACGAAUCAACAUCUAGGGGGUCUCCAUGUGAACAGCAGUACCCCACGUCCUGAGGAGGAGGCCAAGAACCUCCACUUGAAAGGCCUUGCCGCUGGAGACUGGGUGGAGGAGCCCUGGGCCAGCCCUUUUGCUCAAAGAAAUGGAUCCCAGGGGCCCAGAGAAUGCCUCCAGCUUCUUGGGGUUCACACACAUCCUAAGACACCUGGGAACCGCCUCUGCCUGGGCAAAGCUGUUCCAUUAAAACUUGCUGUGCCUACCUCA